GUCAUGUGGGUGGUUUGUCCUCCUGCACGGAGGAGGACGAGGGAAAGGGAGGAAAGGGAGGAGGAAAUAAGCGGAAAGAAGAGGGGAGUAAGCAGACUGAAAAGGGGUGGCAAGAGGGGAAGGACAUGCAGCAAAGGUCGCCAGGGCCAGGGGUUGAACCCACGACGGGCUGUGUCGAGGACUGUAGCCUCUGAGGUGCAACUGGCUGGCAGCUGGAGCUUGUUCUUGCCAAUUAGGAGGAGCAUAAAGAGGAGUGGAUUCCCUAAAGUGUGGUCAUCAGGCCUCAUCCUCCUUCUGGUUCACAAUCCUCUGCCUCCUCGAUCUCAAGAACCCCCUCAGAAACUUACUUCAGAAUCCCCUCCUCACUGUUCCUCUGGUCGCUCCUCCCUGGAUCUGCUGCCUGGAACCCAUCACACACUGUCCUUCACUCACCUACAUGUCCACCCUCCAGCAAAUCCACUGUUCACCAUUUUGCUCAACUCUCUACUGGAGGAGGAAUACAAGCAUCAUCAAAAACCGUUCCACACACUACAACCUGUUAACCUCAACCUCUGUGGCAUAUACUCACCUUUCCCCUGGAUCCUUGCCAUCUCUAAAAGCAUACCAUCGUGGAACCCAUCUCUGAGCCUGGAAGAGUCCUUCACUUUUCUUGUAUCAAUAAAUCAUUUAAACCAUCUUUCUUUUUCUGUAGUUGUUGCUUGCAUCAGGGCAGAAACCUGA